UCGAGAUAAAGUACCAGAAAAGUCCAGGAUGCAAAGAAAUAUGAUGGUUCCACAUCUUUUCACAUUUCUUCAAAUCUUGCUCAUCUUGUAAAUUAAAAGAGGAUAAAGCCCACAAGGACCCCACAAGCUGCAGGUUUAGGAACCGAGUAACCUUCUUGCCAUUCAGCAACAUGCCGGAGUUUAACUGCUCCCUUGCAGCUAUUUCUUCAAGUGGUGCCUCAAUUUUCAAUGAUGUGGGCUGCCCCGAGGCUGCUUUGGUGUGUGGGAUGAAUAUCUCCUGGGUGUUGGCUAAAGCUACAGCACAAGAUCUGGAUGACAUGUGCUUGAGUGAGAAGGACUAUCUGGCCAAGCACCUGGGGCCUCAGAGGUCUCCGGAGUUCCUUCCCGUCUGUGUCACCUACCUCACCAUCUUCUUGGUGGGCGUACUGGGCAACUCCUUGACCUGUGCAGUCAUUUUGCGCUACAGGGUGAUGCAGACACCCACAAACUACUAUCUGCUGAGCCUGGCGGUCUCUGACCUGCUGGUGCUGCUGCUAGGAAUGCCAUUGGAGCUCUACGAGAUGUGGCAGAACUACCCCUUCCUGCUCGGAGAGGGAGGCUGCUACUUCAAAACCUUCCUGUUUGAGACUGUAUGCUUUGCCUCCAUCCUAAACGUGACAGCGCUCAGUGUGGAGCGCUAUGUGGCGGUGGUGCAUCCCCUCAAAGUCAAACAUAUGACUACACGUGCUCAUGUCAAGAGGGUCAUCUUCAUGCUGUGGGUGCUGUCCAUGCUGUGUGCUGUGCCAAAUACCAGUCUGCAUGGGAUUAAGGUGCUGCCUCCAAAGUUUGGGCGACAGUUUCCCCGAUCUGCUAUCUGCUAUGUGGUCAAACCCGCCUGGAUGUACAACCUGAUCAUUCUGAUUUCCACAUUGGCCUUCUUCCUGCUUCCCAUGCUGAUAAUUAGCAUUCUGUAUCUGCUCAUUGGCCUGCGGCUGCACAGCGAGAGAGUGAUGACCGUCGUGGACACAAGGUGUAGCUUUGGACCAGAAAGUCUCUCCAGGUCUCACAAGCAGAAGCUGAGCAAACGCAACCUGCAAGUCACCAAAAUGCUGUGUGUGCUGGUGGUUGUCUUUGGCCUUUGCUGGGCUCCUUUCCAUGUGGACCGCUUGGUGUGGAGCUACAUUGACAACUCAUCCGAGCUUCACGUCAUUGUCUUUGGGCAUGUCCACAUUGUCUCCGGAGUCUGCUUCUACCUGAGCUCUGCCAUCAACCCCAUCCUUUACAACCUCAUGUCCACCAGGUUCAGAGAAAUGUUCAGUCAUGUAACCUGUUCUUCUAACAGCUGGCCGUCACGCUCUAGCUUACAGAUGACCCAACGCAGCACUUUGAGUGAGAAAAUGCCCAACAGUAUGAAAUGGACUUAGGCUCCUCUGAGCCAGUUUGGACCUUAGGAAGUCCAAGAACAUUAUACAGAGAUGGGUGACAAAUUAAAGGAAAAACUGAAUGAGAGGAGAAAUACAACUAAAAAAGGGAUUGAGGGGUCAUUGAAUGGUUUGAAAAGCCUGAAAAUAAAUCGUAUCCUUUGGCGCCUUACACGGUUGCCAGGUCUCAUCCCAACUGAGUACCAAUGGGAGAUUUUGGACUGACCACCAUCAUUGACACAUCAAAUAUCUUUUGGAAAAAUAUGAUCAUCAGUCUUUUAACUUUAUGUUGGUUUGUCCUUUAAUUUCUCACCUUUCCUUACACAUAAGUAGCUCAUAGACCUUCAAAUGGGAAUGCACUCGCCACAAAUAGAAGGAUAUUACCCUCUAAGUGGUAGGGGAUGUCAGACAAACAUGACUAGAUCUUACCCCAAAUGGAUAUGUGACCAAAGGCUACAUGACAAGCCUUAAGAGACCCAUUUUGGAUAAUGAUGAGCAUACUUGCAUGCUUCACACUCUCCUAUAGUAUCUGGGGGUCCUGGAGAAAUAGCUCAAAAUCCCAUUUAAAGAGAGGACCAACAAAACAACCUACUGAAUGAAGCAAAGAGAUGAUGAGAUGGAGAAACUGCUCGAAAAAAAGAAUGAAAUUAUCAUAUAAAUGAUACCACAGCUUUUUUAUGCAUGGGGAAUGUAACCCAUCAACUCUCACAAAAGAAAAUAAUUUCUUUUUGUGUACUCGGUGAAUCUAUUUAUUGUAUAUACAUGCACUGUAUAACGUGAAGCGUAACAUUUUGCUGAACUGCUGUUCAGCUCAAGGUGCCGACAUUAUAACACUUCCACAGCAAAGAAUGGAAGCACAGUGGUCUCCUGUUUAAAAGCAACAACACUUGUCUGGGAAUGAAUGAGCGGUGAAAGUGCAUGUCAAUUGAGCGAAGAAGAGGAAUAAAUACAAGAUGGUACGUCUAUGGUAUUUAUAGCCAUCGAUUAGCCAUGUGCCUUAAAAGUAUUAAAAUUAUAUUCUGAAAAUACUCCAUGGCUUAAUGAUUUUAUAGGCCAAAUGCUACAGUGCUGUGUGACUACUUAUACAAUGUACAAUAUCAGUAAUUUUACGUGUUAUUUAAAGCUUAAUCAACAAUACAUACAUCAUUUAAGAAAUAAUUACUGCCAGGUUUUAAGGAUCACAUCCAUGUAUUGCUUUUCUGAUAGUAAAACAUGUUGCAUGUUGUUAUAUGCAUUGAAUUAAUUGCUUUAACAUUUUGCAAAUUGUAUUGAAGACAGUACCUCUAUAUAGGACAUGUGGAUAUUUAUUAUAUAUAUAUACUUGUAUUAUUAUUGCACAGGAUCUGAUGCAGUAUUCUCUACUAUUUAUGAAAGCAUGUAUGUUUUUCUUAGCGUGUACCCUUAAAGUAGUAUAUGUGAUUCCAUGACCUGCUUUUGAACAUCAGUGCUGCUGGUAAGAUGUGCCAGCAGAGUUACUGUUCUUAUUACGGGUUUGACUUGGAAAGAGAAUAGUAUAAUGAGUCAGUGCGCUUGUUUUCAUGUUUAGACUCCUAUAGCGCAACCAGCUCCAGGAUAGAAAUGUCGUCUGUGUAAACAUCAUGGUUAAAGUGCUGCCCGAAACAAUACAAGUUAUUAAUGAGUAACAAGGUCUGCCAAGAGCCACAAGAAGCUUUCCACUAGGCUGUCUCAUCUCAACUGUGGGUGACACGCAGUUCAGGGGAAAAACUAAUUCGUACAAAUGGAGACGAUGAUUAUGAGGGGUAGAGGCUAGGGGGAAAGAUGAUGUCACUGGGUCAAUAAUAUGGAAAACAUGAAAUAAUUAACGACAUGAAGCAGGAGGAGGACAGAAGAUAACGGCAAAUCACUUUGUAAUGACACCAACACUAAUGAACAAAAAUCUACCCACAACUUCCAUCAUCAUAACAGAACACACUGUUUACCUACCAGCUCUGCAAAUAGACUCAUCUAAAAGGCUGCAUCACCAGUAUCACCCAAGAGAUGACAUUCAUUCAAGAGCGUGGUUAUGAUUACCACCCGCGGCAUCUGAUGUAACAAUAUGAAGCCACAGUAUCAUUUUAUUCACAACUUUAAAGAAUUAUGUGAGCAGAAUGUGGGAGCUGUGAAAUUAAAGCACAA